UUCAGACCUUCACUCACAUGUUUCCUGACGUCCACUUAACUCCUGCUGUGUCGCUUCAAGCUUAUUAAAUCGCGAGGAAACAUUCGACAUAAGAUUAUUUUGCUUUUUUAAUAAAGCAGUUUUCAUCUACACUGUACUACAUAACUGCCGAAGUAGUCUCCGGGCUGUGUCGUUUUCGCCAGAAAGCGACAGCUGAAAUGAAGCAGAACUGCAAUGUACCUGCAUUUCUCAGCAAACUCUGGACACUUGUCGAGGAUCAUUCAACCAGUGACCUCAUCUGCUGGAGUCAAGAUGGCUGCAGUUUCAUAGUAUGUGAGGAGCAGCGUUUCUGCAAGGAGAUCCUGCCUCUGUACUUCAAGCAUAGUAACAUGACCAGCUUUGUGCGGCAGCUGAAUAUGUACGGCUUCCGGAAGGUGCUGCAGGUGGAGGCAGGCCUGCUUCGGGCCGAGGGCCGGGGAGGCGGUGGCGUGGAGUUCCAGCACCCUUAUUUUCGGCGGACCCAGCCUAACCUGCUGGAGCUCAUCCGGAGAAAGGUUUCGGUGAGCCGCGCGGGGGAGGAGGGCGUGUCUCCGGUAUCUCGUGUCCUGCUGGACCUCGGCCAGGUGAGGGGCUGGCAGGACGGCUCCGACUGCAAACUGAUGGCCCUGUGCAGGGAGAAUGAGAGUCUGGGGCACGAAUUGGACACGCUGAGACAGAAGUACCAGCAUCAUCACAGAAUCAUCCGGAAGAUGAUUGGCUUCAUCGCCAACACGGUCCAGUCCAAUGGGAUCGCAGGGCUGAAGAGGAAGCUUCCGCUGUUGAUUGACACUUCAGGUAUUUCACAUUCGCCUCCGAAAUACAGCCGCACCCUGAGCGUGCAGGACACUGCGGGCGCCUCCCCACUCCAAGGAGUAUCGCUGGAUUUUGCCGGUGGAAGCCUCUACCCAAACGGGAUGAUCAUCUCGGAUGUUACGGAGCUGCUGGAGCUGCAGGGGGGGGCUUGGGAAGAUGGCCGGAGCCUAUCUGAAGGCACCUUCGAGCCAGUGCUCUCCCCACCUUCCACACCCACAGCUGAACUGGACCUCUCCCUCCUGGAGCCUUCUGAGACAGGAGAGAGUGCCACCGACCAUCAGCAGGGCGGUAGUCAAUCCCGGAGUGAAACCUGUGACCCACUCACACUGAUUGACACCGGCCUGGCGGCCCUGAAUCCUGCCCUGAAUCCUCCCCUGACUCCCUCCCCCGGGUCCAGCCUGGACCUGCUCACUGAGCUCUUUAACCCGCAGCCCUGCUCUCCUGGAGGAGACUCCCAAACCGAGACCCUGAAAGGGAGGUCGGGAAUGGGAGACUGGGCUAGGAAGAGGACCGCCAGCCAGACAGUUGCCACGUUCGACUGGGGCUCCCAGCGCAGAGGCCAGAGUGAGGAUGAGGAGGGUGAGGAAGGCUCGGAUAUCCUGCCCUGCCUUUUACGGUUGGCCCAGGAAGCGUCUGACUUUGCGUACAGCCCUGUAGGGGCGUGUCCGGAGAUGGUGCAGUUUGAUCUGAACUGUUUACAGGAGCAGUGAAUGUGCAGGAAGCUCCGCAGUUUAAUAACAUCUUCUGUUACACCCCAGAAAGCCUUUAAAUUUAAACAGAAAGUCAUAACAUCAAUAAUUUUUUGUGUGGUAAAUAAUUCCAUUACACUAAAUAUAGCAUUGAUAGUUGAUCUCUGAUUGCCUACAUGAAUUUUGCACUGGCCGAUGUUUCUUAAGAUAUAUCAAUAUAUGAAGUUUUUCAUAAGAGAUAUAGGAUGGGACAUCAUUUAUAUCGAUAUAGUUUAUGCUGCUUUAAAAUUAUACUCGUAGAGACACCUGUUUCUCCUCUCCCUGUCUGUCUCUCGCAUGUCACCGUGCCCCCCCCCUUGGAACUGUCUUUUUGUUAUUACUGUACAGGAGAAAUGAUAGAAAUAUAUAUCGCAUAUUGCCGUUCAGCUAAAAUAUCGAGAUAUGAUUUUUGGUGCAUAUCGCCCAACCCAACCAUGAACUAAUGUAUUGUGUUCAUAUAUAUACAGUAUGUGUGUGUGUGAUAUAAAAUAGAAUGUUUUUGAAAGCUGGUUCAUUCUUUACUGUAAUCUGUUAUGAGUUCUGUGUAAGUUGUGGAUCCAGUAUGUGGUUUCGUUUAUAUUUCAAUACUAUCACAUGCAAGUAACAACGAAAAUAAAGAGAAGGUUACAUCUAUA